GUAGUUGUCUAAGGGCUUCCUUGCUGGUGUCGUCUGGAGAGAUUUGGCUUAUCUGGACUUUGCAGUUCUUCAACAGAAAUCUUGAGGACUGAGCAGUUUGAAACCAUGGCCCGUGAUUCAGUGACAUUCAGGGAUGUAGCCAUCGACUUCUCACAGGAAGAGUGGGAAUUUCUGGACUCAGCCCAGAGGGACUUAUAUAGGAAUGUGAUGUGGGAAAAUUACAGCAACUUUAUUUCACUAGAUGUGAUUACAUUAUUGGAUGAAGGAAAGGAGCCAGGAAUGAUUGUGAGGGAAAGGACAAGAAGAUACCACCUUGAUUUGGAGUCCAGAUACAGGACCAAUACUUUAUCUCCAGAAAAGGAUAUUUAUGAAACAUAUUUACUCCAGUGGGAUGUAAUGGAAAGAACUAAAAGCUGUUGCCUUCAGGAUUCCAUUUUUAGAAAUUAUUGGGAAUGCAAAAAUAAGAUUGACGGGCAAACGGAACCAAAAAAAGGAUAUUUGAGACAAGUGAAAAUUACUUCUGAAAAAAUGACCACUAACAAAAAGCAAAAUUUUCUUGCUGAAUAUCAGAGAGUUCGUAAUGGAGAAAAGUUAUAUGAAUGUAAGGAAUGUAGGAAGACCUUUAUUCGUCGUUCAACACUUAGUCAACACCUGAGAAUUCAUACUGGUGAGAAACCUUAUAAAUGUAAGGAAUGUGGUCAGGCUUUUAGACAGCGUGCACACCUUAUUCGACAUCACAAACUUCAUACUGGUGAGAAACCCUAUGAAUGCAAAGAAUGUGGGAAGGCCUUUACAGUGCUCCAAGAACUUACUCAACAUCAGAGACUUCAUACUGGUGAAAAGCCCUAUGAAUGUAAAGAAUGUGGAAAGGCCUUUAGAGUACAUCAGCAACUUGCUCGACAUCAAAGAAUUCACACUGGUGAGAAACCCUAUGAAUGUAAGGCAUGUGGGAAGACCUUUCGUCAGUGCACACACCUUACUCGACAUCAGAGACUUCAUACUGCUGAGAAGCUCUAUGAAUGUAAGGAAUGUGGGAAAGCCUUCGUGUGCAGUCCAGACCUUAGAGAACAUCAGAAAAUUCAUUUUGGUGAGAAGCCCUAUGAAUGUAAGGAAUGUGGAAAGGCUUUUAGAAUAUGCCAACAACUUACUGUCCAUCAAAGUAUUCAUACUGGUGAGAAACCCUAUGGAUGUAAGGAAUGUGGAAAGACUUUUAGAUUAAGACAACAACUUGUUCGCCAUCAGAGAAUUCAUACACGGGAGAAGCCCUAUGAAUGUAUGGAAUGUUGGAAGACCUUUAGUAGUUACUCACAACUUAUUUCACAUCAGAGCAUUCAUAUUGGUGAGAGACCUUAUGAAUGUGAAGAAUGUGGGAAAGCCUUUAGACUGUUCUCACAACUUACUCAACAUCAGAGUAUUCACACUGGUGAGAAACCCUAUGAAUGUAAGGAAUGUAGAAAACCAUUUAGACUGCUCUCACAGCUUACUCAACAUCAGAGUAUUCAUACUGGUGAGAAACCUUAUGAGUGUAAGGAAUGUGGUAAGGCUUUUAGACUUUAUUCAUUUCUCACUCAACACCAGAGAAUUCAUACAGGUGAGAAACCCUACAAAUGUAAGGAAUGUAAGAAGGCCUUUAGACAGCAUUCACACCUUACUCAACAUCAGAAAAUUCACGGAACUUAGUACAAGAAGACCUUGAAAUGUACAGAACAUCAGAAAAUUCAUUUUUGAGAAUUUUUUAUGCUCACAUCUAAGCAUAAGAAAUUUUAUAUUAUGGAAAAAUAUUGCUUUAAAAGCCUUCCUCCACCAUUCAGAUGUUGUCUUUAGCAAAUAUAUGUCAGAGAAUAAUACAAUGAAUGUAAGAAAAAUCUUUAGCUUUAUUUAUCAUAAUCUCCGUUUUACCACUUUAUUACCAGUAUGUUACUGGACAAGGUACUUAAACUUCUGUGCCUCAUUUUGUUCACUCAUAAAUUGGUGAUA